GUAGUCACAAAUUAUCGCUGUACGAGCACAAGUACACAUAACCAAAGCACACUGUGAAAAAUAUUAAAUUUAUAAAGAAAUUUUACUUUAAUUCGAAAUUCAUUCGUUCAGGUGGACUUGAUUCAAAAGUUACUGUCUUCCUAUUUCAUUUGGAUUUUUCCGCAAGGUCAGGAUUUCAAAAUUUGGAAUUUUGUUCAAAAGUUGCAUAUUGCCUGACUUGUGGAAGAGUAAAGCUGCGUAUGAUUCUUCAUAUUUUCAUUGUUUGGUUUUCUAUAUGUGAUCGGUACCAAUCGCAACAGUUUCGAACAGCAUAAUCGACGAAUUUUGAGGUAGGACUUAUUGACCUAUCAGAGUUUGUUGUACAUUUUCCUUUAUCAAAAGUCUAAUUUCAUUUCUGAUUACAACAGCGAGCUAAUUCAAUUCUUUUCUAAAUUUGAGGCAAAGCAUCAUUUCAAAUCAAUGCGAUGGCCUACAGAAAGUACAGCAAUUCGAGUCUAGCCAAAGCCAUAAAAAGUCUAUACUUGAGUGAGGAGAUGGCCGAUGUGCACUUUGUAUUCAAGCCAAAUAACGGUCCAUCGCAUCGAAUUCCAACCCAUAGAAACCUGUUGAUCGCAACGAGUGAAGUGUUUCGAGUGAUGUUCAAUGGGUCAUGGAAAGAAAAACAUGAUGUCCUCAUUGUUGACACUUCACCAUCGGCGUUUGUGGAAUUUCUCCAGUUUUUCUAUUACGACGAAGUGGAACUGACGACUGAAAACAUUGGUCACGUUAUGAACAUGGGGCAAAAAUACGAUGUAGCCGAGUGUUUGAAUGCUUGCAGCCGAUUUCUUGAGUACAACAUGACCAAUGAGAACGUUUGCACAGCCUACGAGCUUGCUAUCCUCUUCAAUCGAUCAAGACUGAUGGAAAUGUGUGAAAUGAACAUUGCGGUCAACACCAAAGAAGUCUUCAAUUCGUCCAGUUUCUUGGAGUGUCAACGACAAACAUUGGGCCAUAUUCUGGAACUUAAUUCGAUGUCAUGUUCGGAGGCUGAUGUCUUUGAUGCAUGUAUGGCAUGGGUUCGAGCCGCAACCAAACAAGAUACAUUGACCACGGAAUUGAUUCGUACGCAGCUCAGCGAUUCACUAUACGAUAUUCGCUUUGGCACGAUGGCAGUGAAUAAAUUCAACGCAAUUAACGCGGCAUACAAAACACUUUUCUCGUCCGAUGAAUACCUUGAUAUCACCCAAACGAUCAUAUCGAAGAAAUACGAAUCAAUAUACUUCAAUGAAAAGCGCCGACAGUACUCUUGGGAUACAACUCUCCCGAUAGUCCGAUGCAAACGAGAAUUUGAUGAGGCAAGUGAACUGAUACAUGAUAUUGAUGAACCGAUUUCAACCACAUUCUACGUCAACACAACGUUGCUAUUGAGAGGAAUCUACUGUGUCGAAAUGCUUCGAUUACAAAAUUGGCCACAGAGUUUGAGUGAAGAUCUCACCGGUAAAUUGACUGUCAUCGAGACGCGAGGACGGUUGAGUACGCAAGAGGUGUCGUCAAUUGUCUACAUUGAUGAAAAUAUUAAACUCAUCGCUGGCAAAAAUACAGUCAUUUCGUUUACACGGCCAGUCAUCAUUAGAAACGGCGUCAAAUAUACAGUUCAGCUGGACUUGAACAUGAAAUUCAAGUGUUGCUCAUUGAUCUGCUUCAAAAAUACCGAUUUGAUCAUCGAACGGCACAAUGAACCGAAAUUAUUAGGAACAUUUCGCAAUGAUGUGGUGAAAGAUGGCAAGAAAAGAGGCGUCAUUUUUGGACUUCAACUCGGCAAACACAUUGCAAAUUAACAACGACAUCAAUUUUAGCCUACAUUUUUUUUAGUCUUUGUUCUGUUUCAGCCAUGACGUAGUUAUACAGUAGUCACAACAUUUCUAACUAUUUAAAAUUCAAUUACAACAUUGUUGAUGUUAAUUUCUCUUUAAAUUUUUUCGUUCACUCACACAUUUGAGAGACAUUUUUUUUACUCGUAAGUUUUUUGAUGUAUAAAAAAUUCGUUUGAAGUUAAUUUCUUUUCAACCAGUUAUAAACCGUAAAAGAAAUUGAAGAGUUGUAAAUUCUACUGAAAACAACUUAAAAUGUAUAAAUCAGAUUUUUUUUUAUCUCAAUCUCAUUGAAAUAUUCAUGUCCAAAUAAAAUCAUAUGAUAUUAAAGGUG